AUGAAGAACCGAAACCAAAGCUCGAGGCAUGCCGCUGUGUCAGGCUUUCGGGUCUGUAUGAGAGUCCUAGACAAGCUGAGGGAUCUCUAUCCUGCAACAGAGGUCACCCUUGCAUAUCUGGAUGUAGUUCUCCAGAAGGCACAGAUGGAGUCGGCCAUCUCGGUACGAGCGGUCUUUCAGCUCAACGAACGAGACCGAAGCGAUAUGCGAAUGAUUCUCGGACGCCACUCGGGGCAAUCGUGGGAUACAAACGUAACGUCGAAAGCCACAGAUCUAGGCUUUGCUGGCCUUGAAGAUGCCAUGAACCAAUUUGAACAAUUUGAUACCCCAGAGUUCUCCGCGGACUACGGCGCGGAAGCAUCAAUGGGACCAACAUAG